GAAAUUUUCAUUGACAUUUUUAACAAUCGAAGCUUUUGCAUAGUCAUUUGUCGGAAAACAAUAAUCUUACAGCCAAGAAAUAUUUGCUUAAUUUAAGAAAAAUAAGAAAUAUUCUACGAUGACCGUCACAAAUCGGAUGGAAAUCGACGCUGCUCUGAAGGGUGAGGGCUUCCGUUCUUACUACAUUCAGAAGAUUGAAGAAUUGCAAUUAAUUGUGGCUGAAAAAAGCCAGAAUUUACGACGUCUGCAGGCCCAACGUAAUGAGCUAAACGCUAAAGUUCGAAUGCUCCGUGAAGAAUUGCAGCUUUUGCAAGAACAAGGCAGUUAUGUCGGUGAAGUCGUCAAGCCUAUGGACAAAAAGAAGGUACUUGUAAAAGUGCAUCCAGAAGGAAAAUUUGUCGUUGAUAUUGACAAAAAUAUUGACAUCAAUGAUGUUACCCCCAACUGCCGUGUAGCUUUACGCAAUGAAAGUUACACACUGCACAAGAUUUUGCCCAAUAAAGUUGAUCCUUUGGUUUCACUUAUGAUGGUUGAAAAGGUGCCCGACUCCACCUAUGAAAUGGUUGGUGGCUUAGAUAAACAAAUCAAAGAAAUUAAGGAAGUUAUUGAAUUGCCAGUCAAGCAUCCAGAGUUAUUCGAUGCUUUAGGUAUAGCUCAACCAAAAGGUGUCCUCCUCUAUGGACCACCAGGAACGGGAAAAACAUUAUUGGCACGUGCAGUUGCUCAUCAUACAGAAUGCACUUUUAUUCGUGUGUCUGGGUCGGAAUUGGUACAAAAAUUCAUUGGCGAAGGUUCUCGAAUGGUGCGCGAAUUGUUCGUAAUGGCACGUGAGCAUGCGCCUUCCAUUAUUUUCAUGGACGAAAUCGAUUCCAUUGGUUCGUCACGUAUAGAAUCUGGGUCAGGCGGCGACUCUGAAGUGCAGCGUACCAUGUUGGAAUUACUUAACCAGUUGGACGGUUUCGAAGCUACAAAGAACAUAAAAGUUAUUAUGGCAACAAAUCGUAUUGAUAUCCUCGAUCCGGCACUUCUUCGACCCGGCCGUAUCGAUCGUAAAAUUGAAUUCCCUCCACCAAACGAAGAAGCACGCUUGGAUAUUUUGAAGAUUCAUUCUAGGAAAAUGAACUUAACUAGAGGUAUAAACUUGAGGAAAAUAGCAGAAUUGAUGCCUGGAGCAUCGGGUGCUGAAGUAAAAGGCGUGUGCACUGAAGCCGGCAUGUAUGCUUUGCGUGAGCGACGAGUGCAUGUUACUCAAGAGGACUUUGAAAUGGCCGUUGCAAAGGUUAUGCAAAAAGAUUCCGAGAAAAAUAUGUCCAUUAAAAAGCUAUGGAAAUAAAUCUUACCUAUAGUCAUAAAAUUUUGUUUAUGAAAUUUCGAUUUUUUAAUUAAAUAAAAUCUGAUAAGUCAUUUAUGUAAUGGAAGUAUUUAAUAAAUAAUUCUAAAAAUUUGAUUA